GCCAGGUCUAAUAUCAAUAUGCUUCACACAUCAAUGAAUAGCCUCUACUCACUCUUUUCCGUGUGUCUGUGGAAUUAUGUGGCGGAGUAUAUAUGUUAAAGCAAGCCUAGCAAUGGUGUAGUACUCAUCGUGGCUGUGAAGUUGCCUCGCCUCUUCAGGCAACAGAAUUCGAAACGGGAACUUCAAUAUAUGAACAGCACGUUGGUCGUCGGCGCAAAACUCCAAGUCAGCUACAUUUGUUGGACGAACACAAUCUUCAAUUCAAUCGAAUACAAUUACUUGCCGCCAUCAUCAAUCUGACUCUCUUGGGUUGAGACGUGUCUUCCGCACAAUCAGCAAACAUCAGCCAUCGCAACUCGUACGUCUACGAUCUUAUCGAUAGACUCCGCAUCAGAACCCCACCCGACAAGGCGAACGCACGCGCGGCCAAACGCGACAAUUCAUGUGUCGUCACCGACGAGCGAUACAAUCGUCAAUUGUCACUGCACCUACACCCAUCCUUCAAUCAGAUCGCCAGGACAAGAUGGUGCGACUACAGCGACCAGGACCGGCAUCACCAGCAUCGCCAUCCUCCUCGACCAACACUGCAUCUUGGAUCCAAGCUAAUCACGAUGCUCGACUUGACGAGAUCAACAGCGAAGUACUGCACAACGCUGAUGUAGCGCCGCCCAGCUACGAAGAGCUCGAACGAAGCGGUACGAUCUCUAUUACCUCAGAGACCCCAAGACCGGCAGGCGCAUCUUCAACAUCAGCGGCCGCGGCCGCGGCGCCAUAUUCAAGCACCAGCAAAUUGGCCAGGGAUCUCGAGUACUACAAAAACAAUCAACGUCAACAGCAACAAUCAAAUUCCACCAAAGCGGAGUAUUCUGGUGUUCCCAACAAGGAGGAGCGCGAAGCAGUCCGCGCGCAUUUCGACGAUCUUUCCGACGUGGACAGUGACGAUUCCAGUUGGGAUGCAGAGACCAUCGCCGGCAUCGACACUCCAGGGACGACAGUCAAUGGCGAUUAUCCCGCACAACGCUCGAUUCCGCACACGCCCGUAGAACUGCAUCGCGACGCAUUGCCGGACCUAUCGCUCCUGGAACGGAUUCGACAGCGGCAUGGCCUCCCCCCACGGGAGAAAUGGACCCGUGGCGACUGGCGGCUUGCACACGCCGAAUACAAAGCAGAACGACGAGCCGCCCGCGCGAACUGGCGUGCUGAACGGCAUGCUUUACGUGCUGCUUUACACGAGCAGAGGAAAUCGGUUCGGGAGGAACGAGGACAGCAUCGUGCGGAACGGCGAGAGGAGCGGAGUGAGCGAAAAGCUGCGAGGAGAGGCGGAUGCUGCUCGCGAUAGGACGCGCUCGAGAAUUGGCUUCUUAUUUUACGCUUCUCUUGUGUGUAAAGUUCUGGCGCUGCCUAAAGCUCAAUGUUCAGUUUUGAGGAUCCGGUACUCGGAACUCCCAAUGUUUCCAUGCGGCGAUGGCCUAAAAACGCGCCGAGUUUCAGUAGUCAGUGUAAUGAUAGCUCCAGCUUGCUAUGAAAUCAGCAAAGCUUUGAAGUUUUCUCGUUUAUGUUUACGCGAACUAACUAACUCGAGUGUUUUAACAACACUUUGAUAUUAUGACAUUGAGGUU